AGCAGCUGAAGCUGCGCCAGGACUGUGGGCACUACGGGUACCUGGACCGCGAGGGCUCCAGCCUGCCUGGCAUGGAUGAUGCAGCCAACUUCCACGCUAUGCAGGAUGCCAUGAGGAUCAUCGGCUUCUCGCCCACGGAGGUGACAGAGCUGCUGCAGGUGACGGCCGUGGUGCUCAAACUGGGCAACGUCCAGCUGAGCAGCAGCUUCCAGGCCAGCGGGAUGGAGGCCUGCAGCAUCAGCGAGCCCCAGGAGCUGCAUGAGAUCUGCGAGCUGAUCGGGCUGGAGCCCGGCACGCUGGAGAGGGCGUUGUGCUCGCGCACGGUGAAGGCGCGGGAUGAGACGGUGCUCACCACCCUCACUGUCCCCCAGGGUUACUACGGCCGGGACGCGCUGGCCAAGAACAUCUACAGCCGCCUCUUUGACUGGCUGGUGAAGAGGAUCAAUGCCAGCAUCCAGGUGAAGUCAGACAAGCAGAGGAAGGUGAUGGGCGUCCUGGACAUUUACGGCUUUGAGAUCUUCCAGGACAACGGCUUUGAGCAGUUCAUCAUCAACUACUGCAACGAGAAGCUGCAGCAGAUCUUCAUCCUGAUGACGCUGAAGGAGGAGCAGGAGGAAUACGUGCGAGAGGGCAUCCAGUGGACCCCAGUGGAGUUUUUUGACAACAGCAUCAUCUGCAACUUGAUUGAAAACAACACCACGGGGAUCCUGGCCAUGCUGGAUGAGGAGUGCCUGAGGCCCGGCGUGGUCAACGAGGACACGUUCCUCACCAAACUCAACCAGCUCCUGGCCACACACAAGCACUAUGAGAGCAAGGAGACACAGAACGCCCGGCGUGUCACCGACGCCAGCCUGCCACCACGCUGCUUCCGCAUCCACCACUACGCCGGCAAGACACACGGUGACAUCCCCACAAUGAGGGGCUGNCUGGGGAGGGGGGUCCUGGGGGCUCAGGGGGUCCCCAGCAGGGCUGACCCCCCGUUUGCCCCACAGGUCUCCACAGUGGGAGCCAAAGGUGACUUCCUGCUGGUCAGUGACCACCUCAUCGAGCUGGUGACCCGCCUGUACCAGACCUUCGAGGCCACCACGGGGCAGGCGCUGCCCCUGCACAUCACUGACAGGUUCUCCACACGCUUCCCGAAGGGCGACGUGUCCAUCACCGUGGUGGAGUCCCCCAAGGCCAGCACCAACGGCCCUGUCUGCAAGAAAAAGGGCAGCAACAAGAUGGAGGUCCUGGUGUACUGAGGGGACCCUCACAGGACGCCCACCCUCACACUGACACCCUGACACCCCCCUUGUGUCAUCCCCCACCCCUGUGAGUGCUGGCAGCACCCGGGCAUUGCUCCAACCCCAUUAAAAGGAUGCUGAGGUGUCGGUGCCAGGGUGGUGUCCCCUCAUUUUGGGGUGGGACCUCAGGGGACAAUGCCCAAGCUGUGGGGGGCACAGCCCAGCCUGGUGAUGCAGCCCCUCAUCCUGGCCUCCCGCUUUCCUGACUUUUCCUGAUUCCUGAUUGCAGCCAGCGCUCAGCUUGUGGUGAUUGGAGAGGCUCCAGAUUGUGGCCACUUUUCCCAUCAAGUGGCUCACAGGCUCGAGCUGCCUCAGAGGCAAUUUCUUGGCGGCCGUGGGUGGCUGCAUGUGAGGUCCCUGUCAUACUCCUGCCUGCUCUGGAUGUCCCUGUGCCCCUGCCCAGGGUCCCCCCACCCUGCUGCAGGACACCCUGGCUGGGUGCUGGAGCUGCAUUUAGGGACCAGGAACAUGGAGAAUGGGAUAGAGGGAAGUAACGCACAGCCCCAGUGAUGCUGCAGGACCCGCAGGACCUCCAUCAGUUCUGCACCCCCCAGGACCCCCAUCAGGAUCCCCAUCAGUCCUGCAGUGCCCAGGACUCUCUGGACCCCCACCAAUCCUGCAGCUCUCAGGAUCUGUGGGACCCUUCCAGUCCUCCAGCCCCCAGAACCCUCAGGACCCCAUUAGCCCUGCAGC